AUGUCCUUUGAUAAGGCCAUCUUGGCAACCCAGGGGCUUGGUUACAACAAAGCAGCAGUACCUGCCACCAGUGAUUCUUCCUCAAGUUCACAACAUUUGCUUAUCAAAUCAUCUGAGCUAAAAACAGUAGAUGUGCUUGGAAAGGUCUGGUCAAAAGCCAUUUCCUCAUAUUUCCCCUCCUACUCACCAAUGAGGCACAGCCAAGCCACCAUCAGGAGCCCCAGCAGGGGAUGGGUCUCUGAGCCCAUGCUGUCCCUGUAUGACCCAAGGGCCCCAGGGUGCUGCCCACAUCCCCACAUGUACAAUGUGGCUCUAGUGUAG